GUAGUUGGACAAUACAUCCAGCCAACAGGAGCCGGCAUUCAAAGCAGUCGUGGGACUGCUGGUGGAGGACAGCAACAAGGGGUAACUAGUGGCAGUGGAGGAGGGCAGCAGCAACAAGGAGGCGGUGGUGGUGGUGGUGGAGCAAUCACAAUAGGACAAGCUCUUGAAGCGGCUGCACAAACAAUACCUGGCAAACCAGUGGAUCAAUGCGAUGCAGCAGCAAUACAAGCAGCUGAAGUACGAGCAACAGGCAGUAAUGUUAUCAUUCCCGGUGGCGUAGCAGCCACUGCUCAGUCGGCUGCCGCUUAUAAUGAAUCUAUGAUAAGAGAUGAAGACAAAGUUAAACUCGGAGAUGUCUUGUCUGUAAGUAGCGAAUCAAAUUACUCCUCCUUUGACAUAUGCCCCAUAGUUUCUACUUUUUAUUAUUUGUUGACUGAUUUAAGAUAUUUUGCCCGUCAGCUAGAAAUACUUGCUUACCUGCGUAUGCUAAAUAGGGGUGUUCAUUGUCGGUUUGGGUCGGUUAUUGGUCAAUAUCAUAAUUAA